CGUUCGGCGGGCGUUCGUCGUCGGUCGAAGCUGGUGCGCGCGCGGGUGCGAAGGUAAAGAGUGCAGAUCAGAAAAAAGAGCCUCCACCUUGGAGCGGGAAGUUUUUUUUUUUUUCACGGCGUGCGAAAAGUGCGAGCGGGAAAAAUACAGGCAAAAGGAUUAGGAGCAGGAUGUUGAGUGCGUGAAAGGACGAGAAGGAGGAGCCGAAAAAAGAUUCGUGGAGUCGGAAAAUGCGGGCGCGUCACGUCGUGGCAGUCCUGGCCACUCUGUUGGCUAUUACUCAGGAAGCUCCCCAGAAUCUGAAACAUCAAAAUUACAAGCCUCCUCCUCGCGAGGCUUACUUCGACGGCUCAGCGUUCCUGAAAUUGAGCUCCUUCGUAUCGGUGCACCGUCACAGUGGUCUCAGCUUCCGUACGUGCGAUCCCGGUCGACUGUUCCUACAGAAGUACGAUGACAAUUCGAUCAGUCUCGAGGUGACACCCGAGGGACUGCUCUUUGUAGCUGUGGUCGAUCAGCAGAGGUAUCGAGCCAGACUGAACGCCAGACUGCUCAACAACGUCUGGCAUAACGUCAAUCUACUAUUUAGGCUCGGUAAUCUCACCUUAAAUGCCGCAGGGCAUACCCAGGUGGUUGCAAAUGCAACUUACAAUUCCGCCAUUCUAACGCUUCCUGACUACGACGCGAACAGUUCGCUCAUAGUCGGCGAAGGAUUUAGAGGUUGUAUUCUGCAAGGACCCGGGAUCCUCUUUAACGACACCGCCAAUAACGGGGCCGUUUUUGGGCCCUGUCCAUUGGAUACCAAAGCAUGUGGAACGAGCGGCCUCGGGGGUGGCACAGGGGCACCUGCCGCCACGGUGCCCACUAUGGAUUUCUGCCACCACGAGCCAUGCAUGAUGCAUGGUAAAUGCGUGUCACGGCAGGAUCGCUACGAAUGCCACUGCUACGCCCGAUACUCCGGCAACAACUGCCAGAUUGACAAUGGCCCACCCUGUCAGAGCGGACCUUGCCGCAACGGUGGUAUCUGUAGUGAAGAUGCGCGCGGUGACUUCAGUUGUAGCUGUAAACCCGGUUUUACUGGCAGCUUUUGCGAAUCUCAACUGGGAGUACGAUUGUGCGAACAAAAUCCGUGUAGAAACGAUGGCAUUUGUAUGUUAACGGACAGCGAGUACAAGUGCCAGUGUCAGGCUGGUUGGACUGGAAAGAACUGCGAAAUUAAUAUCAACGAAUGCGUUUCGAAUCCAUGCAAGAACGGCGGCAUCUGCAUCGAUGGGCUCAAUAAUUAUACAUGCAGAUGUGACAGUACCGGCUAUGAGGGCAUCAAUUGUGACGUAGACAUCGAUGAGUGUCAGGCGAAUCCGUGCCUGAAUAGCGGUACAUGCUAUGAUAAUUACGGCGGCUAUGUCUGCCACUGUCCAGACGGCUUCGACGGUCAGAAUUGCGAGCUCAAUCUGAACGAGUGCUUAUCCAAUCCCUGCGCCAACGGCGGUGAGUGCGUCGACGACGUAGGCACUUAUCACUGCGAGUGCCUCCCAGGAUUCACGGGUCCUCAUUGCCAAUUGAGGGGCCUCUGCGAGAACGCGGCUUGUCCGCCUAACAGCAUCUGCGUGGAGGAUGUCCAUGGACCUCAAUGUGUCUGCAAACCUGGUUUUAUGGGUAAUCCGCCUAAUUGCACUGUCAACUAUUGCGCCAGCAAUCCCUGCGCCAAUGGUGGCACAUGUACCAGCGGCAAGGAUGGCUUCAAUUGCACUUGCUUGCCCGAAUGGAAAGGGAAGAACUGCCAAAUUGAUGUAGAUGAGUGCCUGUCACAGCCAUGCCAGAAUGGCGGUACCUGUAUCGAUCAUGUCAAUGGAUACACUUGCAACUGCACUAAAGACUUCGUGGGUGAUAAUUGCGAACAGCAAUACGAUGCAUGCAUCGUAAAUCCUUGUCAGAACAAUGGUACCUGUGCGCUGUCGUCAAAAUCAAACAGAGAAUUCGUUUGCAAUUGUACGCACGGGUUUGAGGGCAAGAUAUGCGACGUGAAUAUCGACGAUUGUAUAGGCGUGGUAUGCCCAAAUGACAAGAUUUGCGUUGAUGGUAUCGCCGGUUACGAAUGCAAAUGCCGCGAGGGCUACAGAGGUUCUAAUUGCACGCUGAUUGUAGAUCACUGUGCAGCAAAACCGUGCGAUAACAAUAGUACUUGCAUCGAUCAUGGCGAGCACGGCUUCGAAUGCAAGUGUAAAAAAGGCUUUCAAGGUCAGUAUUGCGAUCUCGAUAUUAAUGAGUGUGAGGUGCACGGUAAUUCCUUGUGCAACAACGGGAUCUGCGUCAAUAAGAAGGGUAGCUACGAUUGUUUCUGCCGGCCGGGCUUUUCCGGCAAUCAUUGCGAUAUCGACAUCGAUGAAUGUCUUAUCGGUCCAUGCAAGAAUAAUGCAACAUGCAUCGAUAGUAUUAACAUGUUCCAAUGUUUAUGCCAACCCGGUUACACCGGCAAGACUUGCGAGAUAGACGUGAACGAAUGCGAUAGUAACCCGUGUCACAACGGAGCGCAAUGCGUGAACGGUAUAGCUUCGUAUACAUGCGUAUGCCCGGCGGGUUUUCUCGGUGAUAAUUGCGAGAUCAACGUCGACGAGUGCGAAUCAUCACCCUGCAUGAAUCAAGGAAAAUGCAUCGAUGGUGUAAACGGUUACACCUGUGACUGUAGCGAUACUGGUUUUGAGGGUCCGCACUGUGAGAAUAAUAUCGACGAAUGUCUGUCGCGGCCGUGUGUAAAUGAUGGAUUGUGUUUGGACGAAAUCAAGAGUUACAAAUGCCAGUGCUAUACGGGCUAUACUGGUAAGAACUGCGAAAUAGAUAUAAACGAGUGCGAGAGUUCGCCCUGUCAAUACAAUGGCACUUGCCUCGAGCGGUCGAACAAAGACCUUUACAAGAGCGAAGCCCUGAAUUUACCUGCGAUUUUCACUCAGGAAUUCAGUUACGCCAAUGCCAGCGGGUACGAGUGUCUCUGCGUGCAAGGUGUCACUGGCAAGAAUUGUGAGGUGAACAUCAACGAAUGUGAGAGCAAUCCCUGCGGUCCAGGUACCUGCAUGGAUCGUAUCGGCGGCUACACUUGCGAGUGUGACGAAGGCUAUGAAGGAGAUCACUGCCAACACGAAAUUGACGAGUGUAAGAGAUACACUCCCUGUAAACAUGGAGUGUGUAUCGACGGUAAAGCUGACUAUUUUUGCACCUGCGAACCGGAGUACGGUGGUAAAAAUUGUUCGGUGAAGCUGAUGGGCUGUCAAGGAAAUGCCUGCCAGAAUGGCGGCACUUGUUGGCCCUAUCUAGUCGAUGAGACCAUCCACAAGUUCAACUGCACCUGUCCUAAUGGUUAUCACGGCGAAGUGUGCGAUUAUGUGACGACAAUGUCUCUAAGCGGCAGCUCGUACGUUCUGGUGAACACCACGCGCGACGAGGGCUAUGAUAUCCAAUUUCGGUUUAGAACUACCUUACCGAAUGGUCUUCUAGCGAUCGGUAGGGGUGUGACCAUUUAUAUUCUCCAGCUGGUGAACGGCAAACUCAAUAUACUUUCUAGUAUAUUGAAUAAAUGGGAUGGAGUCUUCGUCGGUAGUGGACUCAACGAUUCCAAUUGGCAGAAGGCCUUCGUGGCGAUCAACGCGACUCAUCUCGUUCUUUCGGCCAACGAGGAACAAACCAUCUACCCUAUCAGUCCCAACGAAGGCUCUAAUUCAUCGAAUCACACGUCUUUCCCUACGACUUUUGUGGGCGGGAGUAUCAUUAGCUCUCUGAGUUUCCUGAGAAGAUUGUCUCGCUUGCCUUCGUUCACAUAUUUUAUCGGCUGCAUGGAAGACGUUGUCAUCAAUGGCGAAUGGGUCUACUCUGGCACCACAUCAAAAACUGUGUACAUGGAGGAUGUAGAACCCGGCUGUCCUCGCGAAGCUCAGUGCUCACCGAAUCCUUGUAAAAACGGCGGUCACUGUACCGAUCGUUGGCGCGACUUCAAAUGCGAAUGCGAACGUCCUUACCUUGGUCACACCUGUCAGUACAACAUGACAGCCGCCACCUUCAGCUACGAGAAUAUUACGAAUGGUUACGUAACAGUAAGAGUAAGCGACGCGGCAAGGCGUACCGUUAACUCGGUCGUUGAUAUCUCCAUGUUCAUCCGCACGCGGGAGAGUCACGGUGAUAUCUUUUAUCUGGGCACGGAACCGGAUUCUCAGAUCGAUCAAAAGCCCCAAGAGAAGACUUACAUAGCAGCGCAGUUGAAGGGCGGAGAACUACUUGUCAGGAUGCAAUUUAAUGGCACGGAAGCUUACACUGUUAGCGGCGUGAAACUCAACGAUGGAAACAACCAUUUGAUUCAGGUAGCGAGAAACAUCACUCUCGUUCAGGUGAAGAUCAAUGGCACCGAAUAUUUCCGCAAGACCAUCAGUGCCACGGGAGACUUGAACGUGACUGUUCUCUACCUGGGAGGACUACCGCAGGCGUCACGAUACAUUCGUCAAGUUGAUAGCAGGCAAAUGGAGGUGCAGCAAACUCCGCAAAUUAAUUUCAAGGGCAUUAUCCAAGACGUGCAGAUAUCAAACGGCACGAAAACGAUGGUUGUGGAAUUUUUCCCGCUAAAGGCACAAGACAUUAAUCCUGCUCUUAUUCAAUUCGGCAAUGUCUCCUUCGAUCCUGAAAAAGUCCUUGAGGGCGUGGUGUCGGAUAACGUGUGCGUAAGCAGCCCGUGCAACCACAACGGCACAUGUUACGUGACAUGGAAUGACUUUUGGUGCCAAUGCCCGCGCGGUUACACGGGCAAAACAUGCCAGGAGAUGGAAUUCUGUCAGUUACAAGACUGUCCGGCGGGAUCACGCUGCCAGAACCUUGACGACGGUUACGAGUGCAUCGCCAAUGCGACCUUUGACGGUGUUUCCACUGCCUUCACGUACGCGUAUGGUCGCACUUCGGAUGCGGCCAGUGAUUUACCAGUCGACACCAUCGAAAUCACUUACCGAUCCAACACCGGUGGCACGCUGCUUCACAUGGCGCCUCACAUGGGUGACCAACAUUUCACCGUGUCCGUCUUUAAAGACUCUGUCACUGUGUCCUGGCGGCUCGAUUUAGAGAACCAGGGUACCGUCUCCUUUGAUAAGGGUCAACCUGACGGAAACUGGACCUCACUGCUCAUCAGAUUGAAUAAUAAUUCCUUGGAGUGCGGUUACGCUAAUCCUACUGAAGAGCAACCUCACGUGAGUCCCAACUUCAGCUUCCAACUCUGGUACGAUCUACUGGUGACAGGCACAGUUACCCUCGGUGGACUUCCCUCCAGUGCCUUGUCCGACAGGCAUACUUAUCUUACCGUUGGAUCUAAACACGAGAGGAGAAACGGAAUUGAGGGCAACAGUGUGGAUUAUAAUGAGCAUAGGCUGACGACCGCUAUGCCUCCACAUAAUAUGAUGUCCGGAGAACCGUUCAAGGGCUGCCUCGGCGAAGUACGUAUCGGUAGCAUGUUGCUGCACUACUUUACUUACGAGGAAGUUUAUCAGAACGCGAACUUUACUCCGUUGGAGUACCUGGAGUUGCAGGAUAAUGACAACGACACUCAUCGCGACAGCAUCGGUUGCCAAUUGUGUUUCGACACGGAUUGCAAGAACGAUGGUUAUUGCUUUGAUAAGGCCAAUAGCUACGUGUGCGAGUGUCCUGCAGGUUACGCCGAAGAUGACUGUUCAUUUAACAUCGACGAAUGUGUCGACAAUAAAUGCCAGAACGGCGCGACUUGUGUUGACGGUAUCGCCAAUUAUACUUGCGUGUGCAAGAACGGAUGGCAGGGAUGGCUAUGCGAUAGCGACAUCAACGAGUGCGUAACGCUAAGCCCGUGUCAACACGAUGGCGUUUGCGUGAAUCUACCGGGCUUGUUCAGGUGUGAAUGUCCCGAUCAAUUUACCGGCGAAUUGUGCGAAAGUUUCCGGCUGAUCACCUGCGAGAACGAGCCGUGCAAGAACGGGGCGACCUGCGUGGACGUGCCGAAUCCAAAGACAGGUGACAAUUUCACCUGCAAUUGUAUGCCCGGCUACGACGGUCCGAUCUGUGACACGCCCUAUUGUAUCCGCAGAAAGUGUCAAAACGGAGGCAGAUGCGAGUUCCUGUAUAACCAGACGCCGAAGUGCAUCUGCCCUCUCGGCUACUCCGGCAUGUAUUGCGAGACCAAUAUCGAUGACUGCGCACCGGAUUCUGAAGGCAACGUGCCCUGCAAGAACGACGGCAAGUGCUCUGACGGGGUAAACAAAUUCGUGUGCGACUGCCAGGGUACCGGAUACACUGGAAUCGAUUGUUCCAUCGACGUGGACGAGUGUCAGAUUUUGGAGAUUGAGUGUGGACACGGUAAAUGCGAGAACCUACCUGGAAUCUAUCGGUGCAUCUGCGACGACGGUUAUUGCGGCUACAAUUGCGGCAUGGAGAAUCCAUGCCAGGAGGAUUUCUGCCAUAAUGGUGGUACAUGCGAAUGCGCCGACGAUGGCGGAUACAUAUGUCGAUGCGCUCCUGAUUAUACAGGACGAAAUUGUACUGAGGCGCAAAAUAAUUAUUUAAGCAGCCAAGCCCUCGACAUAGUGGUAAUCGUAGGCCCAAUCGUGGGUUGUCUCCUCCUGAUUGCCAUCGCAUCCCUCAUAGCGCUCUUCAUGAUGGCAAGGAAAAAACGUGCAACACGUGGCACAUACAGUCCGAGUGCUCAGGAAUUCAGCAAUCCAAGAGUGGAGAUGGAUAAUGUAAUGAAGCCUCCACCGGAGGAGAGAUUGAUAUAAUCGAGUAGCAAUUACCGGAAGGACAUAAUUAGGUAAUGCGAAUGAAUUUCGAUAUGUGGACGUUUUGAAAGACUUUUUAAAAGAGCAAAUGUAUGCGAAAGACAAAUAAUAAAAAUAAAAUAGGGUAAUAUCUCUUUCUAAAAAGUGAAAUUUAUAAUUAAUCUAUUUAAUUACAAGUUUCUUUGUUUAGCUGCGGAUUUGGUUAUUUUGCAAAUGCAAAUCUUUCCAUAUAUCGAGAGUUAUUUGCGUAGCCUAGUCUUCCGAAAAUGUGAUCAUUGCGAAGAUUUUCGACUGAAAACAUGCAAAUCGUUCAACGAACAGCCACGUUGAUGACGCAAACGUUUACUCAUCGCGUCUUCUAGUCCUCGCUGUUUCGUCGAUACAAAAAAAA